GCCUCAUGCCCUAAAUGCAGCACCAUCAAUCGGCCAGUAUCACCGACCACUGACAAUUCUGCUGGUAAUGUGCCAAAUGACGGCUGGUCGAAGGAUACGAGUUGUUUGCCCCGGACAUUUGGCCAUCAUUCCAUUAUGGAUCAUAUUCAGAAGUCGGGCAAACACACCAUGUAUGUUGAGAAGCCUCUUGAAAAGGGGUACAAAUUCUUUUAUGAAAAUUACAUGCACAACAUUCAGGCGGUGAAGAGGCGGACAUGUAUUCAUGUUAAGGCCAAGUGCUAUCGCUCUCAAAAAAAAAACUGAACCGCCCCAUUCCAUUAAUGUUGAGCUGUCUCAGGCUGCAAAAGUUGUGUCUGCAAAGUGUUCGUGUGCUGCAGGGGUUCAAGGUUUGUGUAACCAUGUUGCUGGAUUACUGUACAGCUUGAACCAUGUCCUGAUCAUGGGUCUCAAAGAAUUUCCUGAGGCUGGAACCUGUACAGAUAAUCCACAGCAAUGGCACAAACCAAGAACCUCUGGAAUGAAACCAGAGCCCAUCAUGGGAUAUCAUGUUAUACGCCCGUCCUACAACAGUAAGUCAAAAAACACCCGUGGUGUAGGCUGUACUCUGUACGAAGCACGUGGUCCCGAAACUGCUAGGCUGAAUGAGGUCAGAAAACUUGUGGAGGCCAUGGCGGAGAUUAACCCACAUUUGGGAAUCUGUCAGAACCUUGAUAUUGAACAGGACUUGUAUGUGUCCACAGCGAUUGGCUGUGAAGCUUUGGUUGGCUCUACCAUAGGUCAUCAGUUAGCAUUAACUGAAGGUGAUUUUUAUGUAACUUGUGACACAAGUGCUACAGAUUCACUCAGUGAAGGUUUUGAUUUGACAUGCUGUCCAAUUUUGCCGACUACAUUGGGACCCUCUGUCAAUCUUGAUCGGUACAACAUGUCAGAACAAUGCAAGAAACUUGUUGGUAACUUGGAUAUUUCACUGGAAGGUGCCCAUGAGCUUGAGUCAAAAACAGUUGGUCAGUCAACCAAUGAGUUGUGGACAACCAGCAGAUCGAAUCGGUUGACUGCAAGUAAUUUUGGGUUAAUUUUCAAGAGAAAGGCUGCAUUCACUGAUAAAUUUACUCGUUCGGUUUUGACGGAUGUGAAAGACUUGUCCCAUGUACCUGCCAUUAGGUAUGGGAGAGAGAACGAGUCAGUAGCCAUUGACAGAUACAAGAAGUACAUGACUAAUGCUGGGUUUAAUAUCAAAGUGUUAGAGAAUGGACUAGCUGUCAAUCCAUCAUCUCCAUGGUUGGGGGCUUCACCAGAUGGAAAAAUCCUGGAUGAAAAAUCAGGCUUGGGGCUAUUGGAGAUAAAGUGUUCCAUGUCAUAUAAAGAUAUAGACCCAUUAGAUGCAUGUAAAGAUGACGAGUUUUACUGUGAAUUGGUAGAUGGAAAGCCAACUUUGAAAAGGAGUCACAACUAUUUUUAUCAGGUCCAAGGUCAGAUGGGCAUUUGUUGUGUUGAGUGGUGCGAUUUUGUUGUGUACACUAAAAAAGGCCUGCUCAUUUCUCGAAUAAAAUUUGAUGAGUCAUUCUGGUUGGAUGUCUUCAACAAACUGACAGACUUUUACAUGACUACUUGUUUGAAAUUACUUUGCCAGGCUUAGGGCAUCAUGCAUUACUCAUUACUGCUAAUGGGUGUGGAAAUCUGCUGAAUGAAGAAUCAAGUUUGUAUUAUAUGUAUUGUUGGUUUUAUGAAUGUAACUCAAUGAGGU